AUGAGCUUUUUCAAAAAGCCCUCAUGGGCAAUCACGAAUACGGAAGAAGCCAGCACUGAUUUUUAUCGACGAUCAGAACAGACGUACUCUGAUAUUAUUGCUGCGAACCGUGAAGCACACAACAAACCGAAAUCACCAGAAAUUCCAGAACAUACCGAAGACACCAAAGAUACUGAGGAUACCGAAGACCCAAAACGAGAGAAGCGGCGCCGAGUUUCUAGGGAAAAGAGGAAAGGGCGCGAUGAUAGCAGUCUGGUGCGAGAUGUGAGCUGCGAGGUCGGUAGCAACAAAAUUGUGCUACCAGAGCCACAAGAACUCUCGGUUUCCCCUCAUAAUUCCUCACCCGAGUCAGUCAAGCCCGUCAAACAACGCGAGACAACUCAGAAAUGCAGCUCAGAAAACCACUUGCCCCAGUCACCGGAGAAAAUCAGUGGUCCGGAGCCACUAGAUGCUCUGCCAGUUAAACCAGUGACUGUCCUCGCGGAUGACUCGGAAACUCGAAGCACUCAACCUGUUCAACCUCCUCGACCUAUUCAAACUCCUCUGCCUGUUCAACCGGCAGAAGUCCCAGCGGAUGACCCGAUUGUUCAGAUCUUGAUCUCAUCUGAAAUUGCAAAUACCAAACCAUUACUUGUCCAUCGCAAAAUGUCACAGCGGCUAAGAGAUGUGCGGUUGGCAUGGUGCAAUCGCCAGAAUUUCGAUCCCCAAAUACAGGCAUCAAUCUACCUGACCUGGAAGGGCCGACGUCUAUUCGACGUGACAACUUGCAGGAGUCUAAAUAUAAACCCCGGGAAGAACUCUGCGGCGAUCCCUGGCAUUGAUGAUGACUCAAAGAGCUGCGCAUACAUAUGGAAGCGGUUACCGAUCUACCUCUUCCGGUUAAUCAGCGAAUUACCUCGCCUGAUAAUGACAAGCCCCCCUACAGCGUCGCAAUCCCCAGAAGAUGACCAGGGUGAGCCAAUGAAACUUAUUCUGAGGAGUCCUGGAUACGAUGAUUUCAGAAUCAAAGCAAGAAAAAAGACCCUGAUCUCGCGACUCAUUUCUGCUUUUCGAGACAAACAGAAUAUUUCUGUGGACCAUGAUAUCUUUCUCCUGUUUGACGGAGACAAACUUGACCCGGAUUCGUGCCUUGGCGAUAAUGACAUUGACGAUCUAGAUCUAGUGGAUGUCCAGAUCAAAUAA